AUGGAUACCUCCAGUAUCAAUCCUGCCGAAGAGCUGCCCGAGAUUCAGCCCACAAGUGGCUAUCCUCCAGCCGACGAACCUAUUAUCCACAUGGAACAGCACCCGCAGAUUGACGUGGAUCUACCAUCCGGCCCAGCAAUCCAGGUUGAAGACACAGAGAGACCGUCCUUGAAGGACCAGCCAUUUGCACCUGCGAUGGAGGCUCUCGCGCGGCUCGAACGUGAGGACCCGAAGCUUGCGUUCCAAGCCGCAAGACUCGUCGGACUGUAUCGGCGCCUGUGGGAGUCAUGCAUGGCAAAGCAUAUGGAGGGGGAGAAGUUGGCCAAAGUAAAUGACGACCUGAGGGAGACUCAACAAAAGUUGGUGAACAGGAAGAACAAAAUGCAGUCAAGCCAUGAUGACCAGCUGGCUCGGUUGCAUUUCUUUGAUCAGGCGCUGGAGUCAUGUCGACUCCGUUUGACUGAAAUACUCAAGGAAUGGAAUCGCUACCCUGAUGGCCUCGAGUCAAAGCUUAGUGAAUAA